AUGAGUGAUUCGGGCAGUUUUCCUGGUUAUAACCAGUUUUUAGAGAUGGUGAAGACAACUUUGGCGAAAGUGAUAAGAAGUUCGGACAAAGUACCGCAACAUGUAGCGUUCAUUAUGGAUGGUAACCGUAGGUUUGCUAAGAAGAAUAACAUGGAGGUCAAUGAGGGACAUAAUGCUGGAUUUGAAAGUAUGUGUCGUAUCCUUGAAUUGUGUUAUGAAUCAGGGAUGAAAGUUGCUACAGUAUUUGCGUUCUCGAUAGAGAAUUUUAAGAGGAGUACGUUUGAAGUGAACUGGCUGAUGGAAUUGGCAAAGGAUAAGAUUAAGCAGAUAUCUCAGCAUGGAGAAUUAGCGGAGCAAUAUGGUAUUAAAGUUCAAAUCAUUGGAGAUAGGUCGUUAUUACCGGCUGACGUUUUGAAAGAAGUGGAGUUAGCGGAAGAAAUUACUAUGAAUAAUUCAAGGGCAGUAUUGAACAUAUGCUUCCCAUAUACAGGGAGAGAAGAGAUCGUGCAUUCAAUACAGGGAAUAAUGAAAGAAACGGCCAUGGGGGAAAUUGAUUAUAGAGACAUUGACGAACAAACGAUAGAGGAUCAUUUAUAUACACAGGGUCAGCCACCUGUGGAGCUUUUGAUAAGAACAAGUGGAGUCACCAGGCUCAGCGAUUUUUUGCUAUGGCAACUAAGUAACAGAGGAUGUACCAUUGAGCUGGUAGAUUGUCUCUGGCCGGAGUUCACGCCAUUUAGCAUGCUUAAAAUAUUGAUAAAAUUUGCAUUUAAGAAGACAUACUCCCCCUCUAAUGAAGAAGACGAUGAGUUAAAAAAGAAAAAAUAA